CAGGGCGAGAAUGUCAGAUUCUUUGAGAGGAUUUGUUUUUGGUUUAAUAGUAGAUGCUGGAGUAGCCUUGAUUUUGUAUUACUUUUACAAGAGGAGUAAAAGAGCAGAAAACGAAAUUCAGAAAGCGGAACGGUAUGGCCUAGACAGAGAUUUGAUAUGGAAACUAAGAGCGUUACCAGAUCAAACAAUUCCUUAUGGAUGCAUAGAAGGUAUAACAGCUAGCUCUUGGAGGAUUUCGAGUCACUAUGACGGUUUAAGAGCGGGUAUCAUGAGAGACAUUGCAUUGAUCGAACGCAAAUCAAAAGAAAGCAAUGGCGUAUGGUCAGACGUCCAAAAUGUUAUCCAUCAUGUUGAUGCAUUUCCAUUUUAUUUGCACAAAGUUAAAAAAAAUGGUUCAAAGGAUGCCAAAGUUCAUAUCACAGAAGCAAGAAGUGCAGGUUUUCUAUUAGAUGACCUCACUGUCAUCUAUGACAGUUAUAUGUCAAACCAAGCUGGACUUAUUCAGCGUGGAAUGGACAGAAUAUUUGGUGUAGUCAUUACAGGGAUACAUACAUAUGAAAAAAUGUUGUUUGUAGGUACUCCAUUGCUGGCCAUUGGACGGUUAAAGCUGGAAAAUAAUGAAAUAAUCAUGUCACCCCCAAGGAAUGGGUCCCGAUACAUACUGACAACACAAACCAAAGAAGAAGUUGUUAAACAUUUCUCUUCACAAUCAAACAUAAUUAAAAUUUUUCUUGGUAUUACUUGUGUUAUAGGUGUUGGCAUGGCCACAUACAUUAUAAAAAAGUGGUACACAAAACGAAUAGAAAGAAUGGCCCAGGAGGCAGAGAAUGCACGAAUGGCUGCAAGAGCUGCAGCAAAUAAUCGUGAACCAUCUAAUAAUUCAGACUCUCAGGAGUGUGUUAUUUGUCUUUCAAACCCAAGGGAAGUAAUUUUGUUAAAUUGUGGACAUAUAUGUGUUUGCAUUGACUGUGUUCAAGCAUUACCUCAACCAAUGAAAUGUCCUGUUUGCAGACAGAAUGUUGUGAGGUUCCAUAAUGCGUACAUGGCAUAA